AAUGGAUUAUAACUCACAAAUCAAAUUGAGUAGUACUUCUUCUGUCACUGCACUAUCUUUUGAUCCAUCGCGAAAAGAAGUGAUAACUGGGUUUGAGGAUGGUGGAAUCGCUUACUGGGAUGUUAUUACUGGUAGAAAGGUUAAAAACCUCAACAUUCAUAUGUCAUGGAUUACUUCAAUAUAUUAUUGGUAAGAAACAUCUUGUCCCCUCCAUACAUUUUAAUCCAAGGGAAAAGACGAAAACUGUCAUAACUACCAGCCAUGAAGGUCUCAUUGCAUUUUGGCAAGGUUUACUUUUGAUAGACUGGUAUAAUAUAUAUCGUGCGGUAUAUAAUUCUUUGAUUGUUGAUAACUUAAAGGAAUUUAUUUGUGGGACAAGUGAUGGAUUAAUAAUAUUUUCAAUUGACAGACAUCGUUCAUCAGGAAAAUUUUUAAAUGUUUAUACAAAAAGACAAUUACAAGAGCAUAUUGAUGUGGUACGUUGUCUGGUCAACUUUGAAAAUCGUCUCUUUUCAGGAGGAUUUGAUGGUCAAAUUGUUGUUUAUGAUACAAGUGGUAAACUGGAAUCAAAAACUAGAGUUUUAUUGAAGAAUUCAAGAGCGCAUAAUGGUAUUAUAUCUUGUCUAGUUAAAGCGUACAAUGUAUGUAGUAAUCAAAACUUAGUUAUAAGUGGAAGCUUUGACAGAUAUGUAAAAGUUUGGGAUGAUGAGGGACAACUGAUAAACACAAUUGAAAAUUUUAAUAAUUCUAUAAGCAGUAUAGCUUAUAUUCCUACAACAGAUACAUUUUGGGUUACAUCUGGUGGUUGUCAGGCUCAAAUCUUUGAUGUACAAACAGCUGAAGAUGUGACAGAUUUUGUUAAUACUUUCAUAAAUUGGGAAAAUCGACCUUAUCAGUUACGUUUAAUCACUUUCUGUGCAGAUUUAAAUAUGAUAGUAGUUUCUACAAGUCGUCAGUAUUUACUAACUUGGAAGUAUAAUAGUGAAUCAAGUGCACUGACGUUAAAAACUGAGAGUGGAAUUCAAUGCCUAUGUGCAAGUUAUAAACCGCCCUUCUCUUUAUUUUCUGCUGAUUCAGACAAUCAUUUGUUGAGAUGGGAACGUAGAGGUCAAACACAUUUCUCUUAUAUAAGACAAGAAGAAAUAAUUCAUGAAUCAAUUGAUGAAAAAUUACAAGAAUGGUUCCAAGAGAAAAUGCGUACACAAGCUGUUCAAACUAGAGAGAUAGAAGUAUUGAAAUCAUCUUUACCAAAAACUUUAUUACUAUCAACAUCAUCACCAUCAUUAUUAUUAGAAUCAAAGUUUUCUAAGAAUUUAACUAAUCAAAAGAAACGAUCUGUCACUGUUUAUUCAAAUCGUCGAGAUUAUUCACCGAAUAGGAUCAAAUCAAGAAUGAAUACCUUGAUCAAUAUGAACUGUCAAAGUCAACCCCAAAAAAACGCAAAAGAAUUAAUAAUUAACAAGGCUCGAGGUAGAAAUUUUCUUCGUAUGGUUUAUGUGGAUGAAUUGAAUUUCCUAAUUGCAGCAUGUGAAGAUGGAGUUGUCUAUUUAUUAGGUUAUGAUUUACAAGCAACUAAAAAAUUUCUAACUAAUGCAUCAAUAACCAAUAAUGAAAAUGAUGAUAUAGAACAGGAUACAAGAAAUAUCAUUGAAAGUGAAAACAAUACAAAAUCACAAUAUACCAAUGUUAAAGAAAUAGACAAUUUCAAUAAACUAAUUCUUAAUUCACCAAAAUUAUUGAAAAUAUUUAAAAAAUUACAAGGUAUUAUUGAACAAACAGAAAGUAUAAAUGAAGUAGAUAAUACUAUUGAAAUAUCAAGUCUUGGAACAAGUAAAAAAUUGAAUCCUUUAAUAAAAAUGGCAGAAGAUAAACAGACCUUAGAAUCCGUUAGUCGACACUUGUUUGGAAUGAAAUGUCGCUUCGUUUUAAUGGAACACAAAGAUUCUGUUACAAGCUUGAUGACAAUAAAUUAUGCAAAAGAUCCUAUCCAUCCAUUUGUUCUGGUUACCUCCGGUUGGGAUCGUCGUAUAUGUAUAUGGGAUUUAAUAACUGGAAAAUUAAUCGAUAAAUUCAAUGAACAUAUUACUGGGAAUGAAAAAUGUAACGAGAAAGCUGCCAAAGGGGCAAUAUUAGAUAUGGUCUACAAUCCUGAAGAUAGUACUUUUGCCUAUUGUUGCUCUGAUUGGCUUAUCUAUGUGAGAAAAUUCUCUUUGAAUGGAAAUGAAAUGUAUCUACAGAAUAAAUUGAUUGGACAUAAUGGACCAGUGAAUUGUAUUAUUUAUAAACCAUCUAGUGUAGACAAUAGUAAUCAAAGUGAAUGGAUAUCUGGAUCUGAUGAUUGUACUAUUCGUAUAUGGAGAACAACCAAUGAAGAGGCGAUAUGCCGAAUGACGCUUAAUGCAAAUGGUCCAAUCACAUGUCUGUGUAUGGAUAUGAAGCGUAAUAUCCUUUUGUCAGGAGUUGAUAAAGAGAUUAAGAUUUAUGAUCCACAAACUGGUCAUGUUUAUCGAAAUUAUAAAGGUCAUCAAGAUAUAAUAAGAUCUAUCAUCAUACUACCUGAAGAUGAUGAAUAUAUAUCUGCAAGUGCUGACGGUCAAAUUCGUAUAUGGAGUACUUGGAAAGGAGGUAAUCGUAAUCCAUUAUCGAUUACUACAACAGAUCAACAAUCAGCACUUCAAGGAGCAGCUAAAAUAUCUCCAAUUAAAUUAUCAUUGAAUCCUGCAGCAUCAAUUGGAUCAGCUGCACGAGCAUUUAGUAAAGCAGGACGGUUUCGAUGUAUUGUUGAAUGCUUAAUUAAACAUGAACGCAUCAAAUAAACUUCCUUUUAUUUCCC